GAAACUGCCAGGGAAGAGCUGUUGACCUGGCAGCAGCAACGCAAGGUCAGCCAUGUGGUGGUGGGCCUGAAGCCUGGCGACUGGUUCAACUCUCAGAUGGAGGCGUGGAAGGAGUUGAAGAAAGCCCUGAAGCAAGGGCAGAUCAACUUCACCAAGAAGGUGGAGAAGGAUCCCAGCUUGAGUGGCCUGGCAGCGGAGAUCAAUCUCAGCGAUGUCAAGGAUGUACAUGACGGUGAUGGCAAGGGCACGCCCAUCUACGCCAAUUUCAAGUAUGAG